AGGUCAGUUUCUAGGAAAUAUAUUGAUCAAGGAAAAUGAGGUAUGAGUUUAUGAAUGAAAUCGAGGUUGAUGCCUCAGCAGAUGAAGUUUGGGCAAUAUAUAGCGAUCCUAAUUUCUGUAAGCUAGUUGUGCAAAUACUUUCAGGUAUUCUGGAAAGCAAAGAUGUCGUGGAAGGUGACGGUCGUAAUGUCCGUAGUAUUCUGCGCGUUGUGUUCCUUCCUGGACAUGUUCCAGGGAUGUACAAGGAGAAAUUUGUCACCAUCGACAACGAGAAGCGUCUUAAGGAGAUACAAAUGAUCGAAGGAGGGUACUUGGAAAUGAGGUUUACAUUCUGCAUGCUAAGCUUCGAAAUUCUUGCAAAAGAAAGCAAUCUAUGUGUCAUCAAAACAGUUACAAAAUAUGAAAUCAGUGAUGAACUCGCUACUGGUGUUACUGCUCAUCUUAACAACUCCCUGGAUACAUUGGUCACUUUGGCUCGAGGGGUUUCGGGACAUAUCUCACAGCAGAAAACAGGCAGUAUAGCUAAUUAACUGGCCUACAUGCUCUUCGUAUGCAUGUGAUAUUAGCAGUCAUCGGUCAUCACCGGUUCACCAAACGACUUCGCCAUCUUACUUGGGAAGCAUAUUUGUAUCAAGAAAAUAAAAGUUCCAUGUGUAUAUAUGUAUAAGUACUACGGCUCAACCUGUACCGUAACGGCACGGGCAUAGUUUUUAUUUAGUUAUGCAUUUUCUUAUGCAUGGAUAUUAAAUAUAAUAUUUAUUAAUUAUUAAGUUUGUCUUCUUAUCAUGAUAAAGGUAAAGGAAAAACAAAUAAAUAUUUCUA